AUGCUAGAAAAAAAAAACCAAGAUAAUAGUUACUUAAAAAAACUUCGUAAUAUUGGUAUCAUUGCUCAUAUUGAUGCGGGUAAAACCACUACUACGGAGCGGAUACUUUAUCACACUAAAAUGAUUCGCCAAAUGGGGGAAGUUCAUGACAAGGAAGGUAAAGGAGCUACAAUGGACUUUAUGAAGCAAGAGCGCGAUAAAGGAAUUACUAUUCAGUCCGCCGCUAUCACCGUUUAUUGGCAAGAACACCAGAUAAAUAUUAUUGAUACUCCCGGCCAUGUAGACUUUACUGCCGAAGUAGAAAGGUCUUUGCGGGUGUUAGAUGGAGGAGUAGUGGUUAUCGAUGGAAAAGAAGGAGUAGAAGCCCAAACCGAAACCGUUUGA